AUGUCAGGCCAGAAGCAGCUGGAAGCUGCAGCGAAAGUCAAGAGUGUCAGCGAAGACACUUUUCUCCAGGCUGGAAAGGAAAUUCCAUCAUCAGGAAGAGUUCUGGCAGACUUGGAGCGACGACACAAUCGCAAGUUGCUGCUCACAAGACAACAGCUUGAAGCAAGUGGAAAGCAAGUGAGAGUAUCAGGUCUCUUUCUAGGGCUCGCAGAAACGCAGACACUCGGUGUUGCGCACCCAGCAGAGAUUACAGCUGCUUCAAGCACAGACCUGUGUGCACAGACCCUCAACAGACAGAACGCUGCAGGAUAUCGACGAUUUACACCAAGUGCCACAACAAUCCUUUACACUGCAACGGAACAAUUGAAUCUGAAAUCAAGACCAACAGCACCCCGACACCCCACGUCCCCGGAAGUUCAAGAUCUACUCUCUCUGUCGCACACGGUGAAGCAACUGUGCGCACUUGGCACACAAAAGGCGUGCCCCGCCUCUCGCCCGAGGUCAGGUGAGAUGGGCUCCAGCAUACCCGCGACCCUGGUGAGGAUGAACGCCAUCGAAGACGGAUGGAUGGAAGAAAGCUCAUCUCGCAUCAUUCUGGGGUGGUUUCCCACUUAUAAGUAGUACCCUGGAAAGAGCAGAAACCAAGCUGCAUUGAACGCAUCAGUUGGAAUGAGACAGCCUACAACCAAGCAACCUACAGUACUUUUAUCCUAGUUGGCCACUUGAAGGAGACUCAUUUUAUCCAAGAGGAGACUGAGGGCAGAAAGUAAGUGGACCAUUGCAGCAAAGUGGAGAUUGUGUGCCCAUAACGGAAAUAAAUAAAUAAACAAAAACUUGCUAGAUUCAGAUUGAGAUUGUAAGUACGAGGUGCGUGACAGAUUUUACAGUAAGUACAGUAAGUCUCCACUGAGAGUUCCACUUGGGAGGCAACUAGUUUUGAUGUAAUCCCGCUGACAGAUGGGUACUUGGACCAUGUAAGAAAGUGUACUUUAUUUGCUAUGUGAAACAGAU